CGACCUGACCCACCCAACCAGGCGGCCACGCGUCCGGUCCGUGUUGCCGGAGUCCGACCCGCCGGAUCUAUACAACCACCCGCCCGGCACGGCCCACACGGCGGCGCCGCGGCCAGAGGCCCGGCCCAUCUCGGCUCGGCUCACACGCCCACGCGGUCAACGGUUUGAGCACCCCGCCAUUCUUCCUCCUCGUGAACCUUGUCUCCCUUUCAAAGCCGAGGCGCCUGGUCCUCUCUUCCUCCCCACCUCCCCCGUUGGAGAAGUCAAAUACUCGGCAUACCACUUGGAGCUGGAGCCACCACCCACCACGACUCGACAAUCUGCCCGUCCGGUCUCCUCCCUCGCGAAAGCUCGCCGCUGCUGCGUCCCGGCGCCCCGUGGCGGCACGGCACUCGGGGGGGGGGGGGGGUGCGGUAGGCGGAGAGGCUUCGGCGAGCCUUCGGGAGGAGGCGGUUCUUGGUGCGGUCUCUGCAGCGGGCGUGGAUAAUUGAUAAGGGCGCCGGCGUGCUCUUGACUAACCGGGGCUGUCGCGGCGGCUGGAUUUUGGAUUGGAUUCGGUUCAUCCUCUGCGCUCACGGCGGCGGCGGUUCAGGCAGUAUAGCUUUCUUUACAGGUAACAGUAGUUGGCAUCCUCUCUUUUCAGGACAUGGUAGAAGUCAAUGAGAAUCAGUAAAAUGCUUGUGUUGAUAUCAUAAGUGCAAGCUAAAGUUAUUGAGCUGACAGCACUAUGGCAGAUACAGUACUUUGAGAAUCUCAAAUGAGUUGCUUUUCUAUCUUCUGCAAGAAGAGAAGGACAAGGCGCCAACCAAGUUCCCACCAUAAUGAAGACGUCCCUGGUGGCCCAAAUAUAAAAAGAUACACUUAUAGGGAGCUAGUAAGGGCAACAGAAAACUUUAGCCAAUCAAACAAGAUUGGUGAGGGUGGUUUUGGUUCGGUAUACAAGGGACAGCUCAAGAAUGGAACAAUUAUUGCUGUCAAGGUUCUUUCGUCAGAGUCAAGACAAGGAGUAAGGGAGUUUCAGAAUGAACUUGUGGCAAUUUCUGACAUCUCACAUGAUAAUCUUGUGAAACUUUAUGGGUAUUAUGCGGAAGGAGAUCAAAGAAUCCUUGUUUACAAUCAUAUUGAAAAUAAUAGCCUUGCACAAACACUUCUAGGUUCCAACCACAGCAAUAUCCAGUUCAAUUGGAAAACUAGAGUGAAUAUUUGCCUUGGAAUUGCACGGGGACUAGCAUACCUCCAUCAUGGUGUAAAUCCCCACAUUGUUCAUCGAGACAUCAAAGCAAGCAAUAUACUUCUUGAUAGGGAUCUUACCCCAAAAAUCUCUGAUUUUGGUCUAGCAAAGCUUCUUCCGCCAAAUGCAACACAUGUUAGCACAAGAGUUGCAGGAACACUAGGCUAUUUGGCUCCUGAAUAUGCUAUUCGAGGACAAGUGACACGUAAAUCAGAUGUUUACAGUUUUGGCGUUCUUCUUCUAGAAAUAGUUAGCGGGAGAUCCAACAGUGAUACAAGAUUAGCAUAUGAAGAUCAGAUACUCCUUGAAAAGUUCCCAGAGAUCACCAAUGGGGUUCUCCUCUUGCAGACAUGGAUUUAUUAUGAGCAGGGAGAUUUGAAGAAAAUCAUAGACAGCUCUUUGGGCGAUGACUUGGACGUCACACAGGCUUGCAGGUUCCUGAAAAUCGGGCUCUUGUGCACACAAGAUGUCACAAGACACCGACCUGACAUGUCAAAGGUCAUUGCCAUGCUUACAGGUGAAAUGGAUGUUGAGUCGGAGAAGAUCAGCAAGCCAGCUAUAAUUAGCGAUUUCAUGGAUCUCAAGGUCAGGAGCAUGAGGAAACCACUUGAAAUUGCGACAUCGUCCACAUUCCUGUCCUCCCUGAAUGCACACUCUUCUCCUAUGCUGUCUAAUGAGACGACACAGACCUCCAUGAUAUCCACUGGUGUAUCGGAUCAUGAGUAAUCCAUCCGUUUGUGAAGAACAGAUUGUUGGUGAAAGUGAGUUGGUUGCAGAUAUGAAACACAUGUAGACAGAGUAGCAUAGGUUGGCACCUUGUCCUGAAGUUUACCUGCUGGUUUCUUUUUUCAUGUAUAGAUUUAAUUGCUUCAUUCGUAGUCUGAACAUCAUUGUUGAGCCAAAGGAGUCCAUAUGAGGGAACAACUUCUGUAUGUACAAUACUGGAUUGAUUACACAUUUUCAUUGUACAUGUACAACCUGUUUUUGGGUGAUAAACUAAUUUGCAAUGAUUCCAA